UCCAGAAGACAUAUCAGUAUUCAGUCCAGUCCAGUUCAGUAUAGAAGGCAUGUAGUGAUUGGAGUGGAGGAUACAGUGUAAGAGUGAGUCGCAUAUUCUAGGAUUGUGGAUUUGACUCAAAGUUAAAUUAACCUUUAAAAGAGUGAAGAAGGAGAGAUUAGAGAGGCAUCUUUGGUUUGAAGCCGAGAAUGUCACUUCUUCAAGGAAAGAUAGAGAGAUUCCAUUGGCCCAUUCCCUUGUUUUAAAUCGCAACACUUAAGCCUCUGGUCUGGUCCAUUUAUAGAAUAUGACAUGAAAUCACCACCCCAUUAAAUUUCUUAUAUCCUAAUUCCAUUCCCCUCCACUCCCAAUUCCAAUCCUAGGACCAUCACCUCAAAUGCAUCAUAUCUCACAGCCUAAUGUCCACCACUUGAAUUAAACCAAAAGCCAAAAAAAAAAAAAAAAAAAACCACGAAAACCUCGUGAGAUUUCACCACCCACCAAUCCAUACUUGAUACUUGUACUAUAUAUAAACUCCUUCCUUCACCCAUACUUUUUACCAUUCACCGCCAUGCUACCACCACCACCACCACCCUCCUCCUCCUCCUCCUCCUCUUCCUUUCUCUGACACCAGAAUGUCAUUUUCCGGCAACACCACCUUCCUACGAUGCUUCAAGUUCGACGAUUUCCCAACCGGAAAAACCACCGGUUUAUACUCCAGCGAUAUCCUCCCGUCUCUCGGAGCCAAUUUUAACCGCUCAGUUUCACUACGGAAAUACACAGUUUGCCCUUUCGAUAGACGUUACAGGGCCUGGGAGAUGUUUCUGAUUAUUUUGGUAGUUUAUUCGGCUUGGAUUUCGCCAUUUGACUUCGGGUUUCUUGACGAUAAAGAAGGCACCCUACGGAUCUUUGACAACAUUGUCAAUGGCUUCUUUGCCAUUGAUAUUGUUUUAACCUUCUUCGUGGCGUACCUCGAUUCUCAGUCUUAUGUUCUUGUUGAUGAUCACAAGAAAAUAGCAUUAAGGUACCUAUCAACAUGGUUCAUUUUCGAUGUUAGCUCAACUGUGCCAUUUCGAUCUCUUAGCCUCCUUUGCACAGAUCGUAAAAGUGAGAUUGGGUUCCAAGUACUCAGCAUGCUUAGAUUAUGGCGUCUUAGAAGAGUUAGCUCUCUUUUCGCAAGGCUUGAGAAGGAUAUCCGCUUCAACUAUUUUUGGAUCCGUUGCACAAAGCUAAUCUCGGUGACUCUCUUCGCAGUUCACUGUGCGGGAUGCUUUAACUAUUUGAUAGCGGAUAGAUAUCCGGACCCACGUAAAACUUGGAUCGGUGCGGUUUAUCCGGAUUUCAAAACAGAUAGUAUUUGGAACAGGUAUGUGACGUCACUGUAUUGGUCAAUUGUAACUUUGACCACAACUGGUUAUGGAGACUUCCAUGCUGAGAAUGCAAGAGAGAUGUUGUUCGAUAUUUUCUAUAUGUUGUUCAACUUGGGAUUAACAGCUUACAUCAUCGGGAACAUGACCAAUCUUGUCGUUCAUUGGACUGGCCACACCAGAGAUUUUAGGGAUAAGGUGAGUGCUGCUUCAGAAUUUGCAAAACGGAAUCAUCUUCCUCCACAGAUAAAAGAUCAAAUAUUAUCUCACAUAUGUUUGGAUUAUAAAACGGAGGGAUUAAAACAGCAAGACACUUUAAACUGUUUGCCAAAAGCAAUCCGUGCAAGCAUUUCACGCCAUCUUUUUUACCCAAUUGUGCAAAACGUUCAUUUGUUUCGUGGUGUUUCCCAUGAGUGCCUUUUCCAGCUGGUUUCUGAAAUGGAGGCGGAGUACUUUCCAUCAAAGGAAGUUGUGAUUCUACAAAACGAGACUCCAACGAAUUUGUACAUACUGGUUACAGGAGCAGUGGAUAUAAUUGCACAUAAUGAAGGCCAAGAUCAGGUGGUAGGAAAGGCUGUGUCAGGAGAAAUGUUUGGUGAAACUGGAGUUUUAUACAAUACGCCUCAGCCAUUCACAUUCCAGACAACUGAGAUUUCUCAGAUACUACGGAUGGAGGGUUCUGCAUUACUCAGGAUUAUUCACACAAAUACACAAGAUGGAUUCAUCAUCAUGAACAAUUUUUACAUGAAACUAAAAGGCCUGGAAAGCUUUGGACAUGCUAAUCAAGCUUUGGUUUCUAGCGAGUGGUCAAAAGUGGAGAAUUCUUCCACUGAUUUACAUAAUUAUACAAGUGAUAUAGACUAUAUAGAUUCAGAUGAUAUAAAAAACCAACAACAGAUGAACAAUUUUAGACAAAAUAAGAAGGAAAUGAAUGUGAAAGUCAAUUUACCAGCAGAAGAAGGUCAAACGGCUCUUCAUGUUGCUGUGAAGAAAGGGCAUUUAGAAAUGGUGAGACUUCUUCUAGAAGGAGGGGCAAAUGUGAACAAGCCGGAUUUACGAGGGUGCACACCGAAAACUUUAGCUCAACAGCAAGGAAACAAAAGCAUAUAUAACCUCUUAAUAAGCCAUGAAAAUAAAAGAAGCGAACACAAAAUAGAAUUUGUGGAGCCCGAAACAAUAAAUACUACAACAUACUUACAUACAAUAAACCGGGACCCGAGUUGUUCCACCUCAUCUUCAGAGCCUACAGCAAGCAGUUCCACUUCCACCAGUCAAAAAAUCAAAAAGUCAAUGAGAAGGGUGACUAUUCAUGCAAAGUUUAAGAUGAAAAAAACAUCAGGAAAUCAGCUUCCAAAGCUCAUAAUCUUACCAGAUUCGUUAGAAGAAUUGUUGAUCUUUGCAGGUCAAAAGUUUGGAGGGUGUAAUUUUGUGAAAGUUGUCAACUCGGAGAAUGCAGAAGUAGAUGAUUUGAGUGUAAUAAGAGAUGGGGAUCACUUGUUUCUCCUUUCAAAUGAUUGUGAAUGUAGGGAUGAUUAUAAUGUGACUUAGAAGCAAUAAUAUAUAAUGGAAAUUAAAUGAA